AUGCUCCUCACAGACCGUGGCAAUCCGUCAGUGCCACCGCCGAAUUGGGAGCCACUGAGCAGCUCUGCGCUCUUCGACGAGAGUGGCACGGCGCGCCCCGAUGUGGUGCGCGAGCACCUCAGAAAGGAGGGUCUCCUGCAGGAGGCGGAUGCCCUGACAAUUAUUACUCAGUGCGCUCUGAUAUGGAAAGACGAGCCAAACGUGCUGCGUGUCGAUGGUCCGGUGGCCAUCGCUGGCGAUAUACACGGCCAAUUUUUCGAUUUACUGAACCUCAUCUCCAUCGGCGGCGACCCGUCCCAGCAGAAGUACAUCUUCCUGGGCGACUAUGUGGACCGCGGGUGCUUCGGAAUGGAGGUGAUUCUGCUACUCAUGUGCUAUAAGAUCUGCUACCCCGACACGAUGAUCAUGCUGCGCGGCAACCACGAAAGCCGACACCUCACGACGUACUUCAACUUCAAGCGCGAGGUGCUCUACAAGUACUCCAUCGCCGUGUACAACGCCAUAAUGUCCGCCUUCGAUUGCCUGCCGCUCGCAUGCAUCCUCAACAAUCGAUUCCUCUGCGUGCACGGCGGCUUGUCGCCGGAGCUGAAGCGGAUCUCCGACAUUGGUGCCAUUCACCGCUUCCGCGAGCCGCCGUCAUCGGGGCCGAUGUGCGACCUGCUGUGGGCAGACCCGCUGGACGAAAAAGAGGAGGACCCUGCGGCGGCGCCGCUGUUCGUGCCCAACACAACCCGCGGCUGCUCUUACGUCUACAGCAACGCUGCGGCCUGCAACUUCUUGGAGGAAAACGACCUCAUCACAAUCAUCCGUGGCCACGAGGCCCAGGAUGAGGGCUACCACUUGUACAAGAAGACAAGCAAGGGGUUUCCUGCGGUGAUUUGCAUCUUUUCCGCGCCGAACUACUGCGACACGUACGACAACCGGGCCGCCGUCGUCAUGCUCAACCGCAACAUUAUGAGCAUCCGCCAGUUCAACAGCAGCCCUCACCCCUACUACCUGCCUAACUUCAUGAACGCCUUCACUUGGUCGCUGCCCUUUGUGGAGGAGAAGUUGCUCGACAUUGUGGCGAACGUCCUCCACCCCAUCGACGGUGGUGAGGAUCAUCUGCUUGUGGACGGGGCGGAGGCGGCGAAGGCCGCACCGACACCGGGGGCGAACACAGAAAGCCGCGACGGGAGAGUCCUGGAACAGCGAGGCGAGAACAUUCGCGAGAAGAUACUGGCGAUGGGGAGGCUCUCCCGCAUGUUCCACACCUUGUGCGAAGGAAGCGAGAGCAGUCUUCCACCCAAGGGACUGACAGGUGACAUACCACCGCAGGGUGGACUGCCGUGUGGCCCCGACAGUGUGCAAGCAGCCUGUCGCGGCCUCCAGCAAUCAAAGGAGCUGGACUCCGUCAAUGAGCGCUGGCAGGAUUGUCUGAUCGAGAGCGAUUUGGAGCCGCAGCCGAGUGCGGCGACCACAGUUCUCAGUGCCGCGUCCUCUAGCACCGGCAGUAGGUGA